AGUUUUCAGUUUCGCCCAAUGAAAAAACAAGAGGAGGAGGACAGAAGGCGGGUCAGUGACGUAAUGCGGGCUGAUUGGCAUGCAGGCCUUGGACGUCCAGGAUUAGCCACGCAUUUCGCCAAUCCAGAGGCAGGGGAGGGACGGUGCAGGCGCAGAAAAUUGGGUUUGGCUGGCCUCGAUUUAAAGAGACAGAAGCUGUCGGGGUCCUGGAAGACGGUCCCCAAUACCCUCCCCCCAAGUCCUUGGGACCACUUGGGUCCCCAGAGCUGGGGAGAUGGUUUGCGGCGGCUUUGCCUGCUCCAAGAAUGCGCUUUGCGCUCUCAACGUGGUCUACAUGCUGGUGAGCUUGUUGCUCAUUGGAGUGGCUGCUUGGGGCAAGGGCCUGGGUCUGGUGUCCAGCAUCCACAUCAUCGGCGGAGUCAUUGCUGUGGGAGUCUUCCUUCUCCUUAUCGCAGUGGCUGGACUGGUGGGUGCUGUCAACCACCACCAAGUCCUGCUGUUCUUUUACAUGAUCAUUCUUGGUUUGGUCUUCAUCUUCCAAUUUGUAAUCUCUUGCUCAUGUCUGGCUAUUAACCGAAGCAAACAGACAGAUGUCAUCAAUGCUUCUUGGUGGGUCAUGAGCAACAAGACUCGGGAUGAACUGGAAAGAAGUUUUGAUUGUUGUGGCUUAUUCAACCUCACAACCCUGUAUCAACAAGAUUAUGAUUUCUGCACUGCAAUCUGCAAGAGCCAGAGCCCCACAUGCCAGAUGUGUGGAGAAAAGUUUCUUAAGCAUUCAGAUGAAGCCCUGAAAAUCCUAGGGGGUGUUGGACUCUUCUUUAGCUUUACAGAGAUCCUUGGUGUUUGGCUAGCAAUGAGAUUUCGGAAUCAGAAGGAUCCUAGAGCCAACCCCAGUGCCUUUCUAUGAGACUUUGGAUCCUUCUGACUUCUCUUCUGCUCUAAGCUUUCUCUUCCUCCCUUAGGGAAUAUCUAGGGUCUGUAACCAUUUUGGUUUGAGAAAAAGGAAAGGCCCCUUGUCAAAUCCUCUAAAAUUGAUGGAAUAGCAAGACUUUAUGCCUUGACAUAUUUUAGUGGGAGCCAGACUAUAAGGAAUAAAAGGAAAAACUUUCUCCCUCUCUCUCCAAGAGGAUAUGGGAAGCUUCUGAGGGUACACAGGAUGGACUGGAGUCAUUCUUAGCUGUUUCCCCUCCUCCGUCCAUAUGCUGGAUCACCUCAACAUACCCUGGGGUGUGGCUCUAAGGGUAAAUCAGGGACAGAGCCAAGGAGAAAACCACCAAGAGCUCUUUCCUGUAAUAAGCAGGACCCAGUUUGAGAAAGUUCAGUGAAUAUAAAAAAGCCAUUUAAAAAUCUAUAUAUAUAUAUAUUUUUUUUUUGACAUUGAGUCUUGCUCUGUUGCCCAGGCUGGAGUGCAAUGGCAUGAUCUCAGCUCACCGCAACCUCUGCCUCCCAGGUUCAAGCGAUUCUCCUGCCUCAAUCUCCCAAGCAGCUGGGAUUACAGGUGUGCGCCACCACGCCUGGCUAAUUUUGUAUUUUUAGUAGAGACAGGGUUUCACCAUGUUAGUCAGGCUGGUCUCGAACUCCUGACCUCAGGUGAUCCACCCGCGUUGGCCUCCCAAAGUGCUGAGAUUAUAGGUGUGAGCCACCGUGCCCCGCCCUAAAAUCCAUAUUCAAAGAAGCAAUUUCUGUUCCUUUCUAAGCUUUGUCAGUCAAGGGGCUCCACUGACUUGCUAGGCCCUGUAACUUAACCAGUCUUUAAGGUUUUGCAGGAAAGUCCCUUCUUCCAAGUGGUUAUUCCAAAUCGCACAAUGGCAAAGCCAAACAGGGGAAGAAACAUUAAAAAAAAAAAAAA